GGAAAAGAGUAUUUGGAGACUGUAAACACUCGCACGGUGCGGCACGGGACCGUAAAGUUUUAAAACGCGCGCAAACACUUUAGAAAAUCCAAAUGUUGGCUCUGCAGUUCGGCUCUUUCGCACCUGCCCGAUACGCGCGCACGUGCACGCGCGGCUUUGUGUCGCUAUGAGGUGCUAACGAGAACGCGGAGUGAUUACAGUGAUUGAAAUCGCGGCAAGAAACUUCUCACGACGUCGCUCGAAGCAGAUGUUGGAUAAACAUCAAAGACAAAGUUUCAUGUUGUAAAAUACGUCCGGCGACGAGCCUGGAGUGUGAGAAACGUGCUCGCCGAGCGGUAACGGAGACUGCACACACGACGAGAUCUCACAUGAUUCGACUCGACAACGGAACAGGGUCUAUCCCAGUUCCGAACGAUCAACUUCCGGUGAGCGUCGUUCAUCCGCUGAUUGCGGAAGCGUAAAACUUUGUCGCGUGCACAUCCGCUUUUUACAUUCAAUAACAACAAGGUGAUUGUGAUGUAAGAGAUGCGUCGCGGUGAUAUCGCGACAAUCGCGAUAGCCCUUCUCAUUCUUGGGCAGAUCCAGGAGCCACAGCGAUCGAGGGUGGUCGGAGCGGUGGUGGUCGGCGCGGCUGUCUGCAGCCGCAUCCCUGGAUUGGCGAAAAGUCAGCGCGAGCAGUGCAGAAAAGCGCCGCACGCGAUGCCGGCGGUGGGCGAAGGCGCCGCAUUGGGUCUGCGCGAGUGCCGGCACCAGUUCCGACAUCACCGUUGGAACUGUUCCCACGUAUCUAACGAUCAGGUCUUCGGCCACGUGGUGGUAGUGGGUAGCAAAGAGGCGGCUUUUACAUACGCGAUAAGCUCGGCCGGCGUUACAUACGCAGUGACAGCAGCUUGCAGCCGUGGUAACAUCACAGCUUGCGGUUGUGAACCGGCUGUAAGGACGAGGAAGGAAUUACCGCCGAACGGUUGGGAGUGGGGCGGUUGCAGCGCCGACGUCACGUACGGGAUGAGGUUUCUGGAUGCGAGAGAGAUCGAAGGCGAUGCUCGGAGCCUGAUGAACCUUCACAAUAAUAAAGCCGGAAGAAAGAUAGUCAAAGCUCUUUUACAAACGGAAUGCAAAUGUCACGGUGUAUCCGGAUCUUGCACUGUAAGAACGUGUUGGCGAACGUUACCCAGUUUUCGUCAGAUUGGCGAUGCGCUUAUGAAAAAAUACAGGAGAGCUAAACCUGUCAUGGCCAUUACACCGCCUCCCCCACCCACAGUUCAGAUCUUGGACGCAAUGUCGCAUUCAAUGUUGCCGGAAAUGGUGCCCAUAUUGGGAAACGACGCCAAAACUCAAGGUAAGCCGAACGAUUUCGCCAAAUCGCGGCAUAAUCGACAGCCACUGUUGAAGAAAAUCAACAAGUCCAAGAAGUACUUGGUACUUUCGACACAGAAACGGUCGAAAGACAAAGAUGGUAGCCCGACUAUAAGCUCGAUUAUAAACCCGAAAAGAAUUCCAAAAAGAAGCGAGCUAGUUUAUCUUCAACCCUCCCCCAAUUACUGUGAGCCGGACUUGGCGCAAGGUAGCCUCGGUACGCAGGGCAGAUAUUGCAAUCGUACUAGCACAGAAACCGAUGGAUGUGAUUUAAUGUGCUGCGGUCGCGGCUACAAUACACAUCAAUUCACGAGAACGUGGCAAUGCAAAUGCAAGUUUCACUGGUGUUGCCGCGUACAUUGCGAGACUUGCAUGGAACGCACCGAGGAAUAUACAUGCAAAUAAUACUAUUAUCACCGUACAAUGUGUAUAUAGAUUUGCGAAAUAGUACAUGUAAUUAUAUAAAUGUUAGACUUUAUCUUUUCAAGAGUAAAAGGAACGGACUGACGCAUAGAAAUGUUAAUAUUAUACGUGAUUGCA